AUGUAUCAGAUGCCAGGCUGGGCAAGCCCCAAGCAUACCAGAUCAUUCAUCCUGACGGGCGGACUAAUGACCAUGGAGCGCUCUCCGCCGGAGUGCUUCAUGGCGGGUAUCGGAGAAGGGAUGAAUGAUCGUGGCGUACCAUGUGGUAAGGAAACUGAGGGAAACGAUCUCCUUCUGCUUCUGGAUGAUCAUGUUCAAGAUCGCUGCACACUAAUAGGACCGACGAGCGGCACAAAACACCGCCUUUACCAUGGAACACAAUACGAUGUCCAUCGCACUAGGUUUAGCUCCAGGCAUACAUACCGCUCGUAUCUAGGAGGUCGGCUUCCUUCGCAUAUCAAGACCCUCCUUCUCAUCUUAUUUGCGCACGUCCACCUCGAGUACGAAGAUGAGCAUGGAACCGCCUCCUUGCCCUUAGGAAGAAGCAGUCGGGCUUCCAGAAGAGACACCUCGGCGUCCGAGCGUCUCCAGGCUUCUACUUUGAAUUAUGGGGUGGGGUUGGUGCAAUGCGACGGUGAAUGUGGGGAGCCUUAUGAUCCGGCGAGUGGGAAAACAAUUGAGCUGCGUCUGGAAUGCUUCCUGAUAGCCCGAAAGAAGCCACCAGCAGAGAUUAGCUUGUCAACCCUGGUUCGAACUGCUGGUGGAAUGAUGAUAAUGGAUGACCGGUAUCAGACCACAAGUCCGCCCGGUUCGGAGGGCAUGGCCGAUAUCCACGGUUACUGCAAGGGACUACUAGCUGCGUAUGAUAUGCAGGCGAGAGAGUUCAUCAUCCAUCCAGUAACUUACUCUGGCGGGGUUAAUUAUCCGGCCGGCAACACCUUUCCGUUUGAUCUCGACGCUAGUUUACUAUCGCCUAAAAGAGACAAAAGCUCGCAUGUUGGAGAUUUACGGGACUGUGCAAAGGCUUCUGCAUCCCCGGCUGCUCUAACCAGGAUCGACUGGACUAGGAAAGAAGCCAGCCGGAAGGGGUUCCAGGGCGCCACUCCCAACCAUGAGGGAGCAACGCACCUUUACAAUCCUGAACAGCGGAACAGGCGCCAAACGGUUUUAACUAACCCCAUGGGCGGUGUGGCCGAACUCUCCCAUGGUCUUCAAACCAGCCAAUUAAUUGUAUCCAGCCUGCCUGCCAUGGCGCCAUUUCAAGCAGUGAUUGGUGGAGCGAUUGCUCAGCUGGGGUCACCAGCUCGUUUUGGGUUUAGAUCCGUCACCGGGACACCGUCUCUGUGA